AUGCUCACAGACUUGAAGCCAAUAUAUUAUGGAGCACUUGACAUUUUACUGGCCUAUCUUUAUAACAGACGCAUCUUUCAAGGUGAAUGGACUUGUGAAUCUACUUGGCUUGUUUCUAAACUCGCAGCUUCCAUUUCCUUCCUACAAGUUUUUAAGUCGCUGGUUUUGCUAACUUCUUCUUUUGUUAAAAGGUCACUAUGUUUUCCCCUAUUGAGGAAUUACAUACUAUCCCAUCAAAUUAUAACGGAUGCAUCUAUCCUCCUUCAAAGAAACGGGAAAAGGGCCUUGUUCGAUCACGAUGAAGUCAGAUAUCCGAUUUGUAAAAUUUUUUUAAACGACUACUGCAUAUGGCUUCAAAACUCAUCGGAUUCCAUUUGGAGUGGUAUCUCCGCCAGACUGAAGACCUCUGUUAUUUCCAAAGAUUCGCUUCCAUGGCCAAUUCUUGAUUAUGAAGUGCUUUCAAAAGAGAAUGAUAUUUAA